CGCGUAUUCUAGAGACUUUUGCUUACAAUACAUUCAUAUCCUUGCAUACACAUACAUCUAGGCCCAUCACUCCAGCACCCUCGUUCACCGCAACCAGCUUGACAGCUGCAGAGUCCUGGCUCUGCUGCACCUUAUCGGCCGCCGCCGUCACCCCACCCACCAUCACUGUCCGUCCCCCGCCCAACCCCAAAUCCUUCCCCCGCCAUGCUCGAAGCAGCUGCGCAGUGGCCGUGGCUCAACCUCUCUGCCAGCUCGAUCCCCGACAUUCUCGAGUGCCGCGCGCAGCAGGCUACCGUGCCCCCUCCUCACACACCCGCGCCGAGCCCUCCAGCCGUCGCGACCACAGCCGCACCACCUGUCCCAUGUGAACCAACGACGACCAGCCAGCAGCGACCUUCUUCCGCAGCCAUCCCCGCAGACGCGGCACGCCAGCGUCUGUACCUCCAGCAGCUCGUGCGCGCCGCGUACGCGGCAACGCUCAAGACGCAAUCCAGCGGCAAUCUCAACCACAGCCUCGGCGAGUCGGCAUGCAAGCUCGAGGCCUUUGCGGCAGCGCUCCGCUCCCAGGACUCGAUGCAGCGCGCAAAGAUGGACCGCAUCCGCAACUGGGCUCGAGCCAACGCCGAGCACGACAACGAGGACGACUACGACGAUAGGGGAGGGACGUCGCAGCUGCAACUGCCGCGGCGGAUCAGGCGGAGACGGCUGUUGCACCGGCCCCCGUGAUACAGCCAGUGUCGCACUUCGGUGUCGGAGGCGGCAGUUGUAACGUGGCAAACACCGAAGGCACAGAGUCGGAAAAACGUACCCUCACCAGUGUCUUCACCACCCAGGAGCCGUGUCGAACCGUGCCAACAGCAGCAGCUGCCGCAUCGGCUCCAGCCGCCCUGCAAGCUGCUGCCGCCCUGCGUGCACUGGCUGCCCUCGCCGCAGUUGCCAAGCAACCCCACCGCUACCCCCACCACGCGGUCGACCAUGCUUUCCAAGUUCGCGAACAACUCAAAAAACUUGUUGCUGCCCGGCUGCAGGCGGCAUGUUCCGUCGCCCCACCUGCCGGACCCACCAUCCAGCUGCCCAACGGAAUGCCUCGCAACCACAACGGCGCCCAUGUUCCCCACCGCGGCUGUGUGCCUCUAACGCCGCUCGACGACCGCCCUGACUGCCGAGGAGGAGCCGUCUUGGACCCUGGCGCUUGCCCGCGACAAAUGUCACUUAUGCCUACUCCUGCAACGCCAGUUCCUGAGGCAGAUCACAAACUACAGCCACGGCAAUCUAGCCCUACCCCUCGCGUUAUAAAGACUCGUGGUAGCAUGACUUCUUGGUCGUCCUCCAUCGACACUGCCGCGGUCAUCACUCCUCCUCCUCCUCUCCACCAAAACACCACCACUACUACACCUAGCAUCAUGGAGAACUACCACCCCGCCGGCACCCCUCUCGACCUCGUCGCUGUCUUUGCCAAGAAGCGCAGGAGGCGCGCCGACUCGAUGCCCUCGACGCCCCGCGAGCGCGAGUUCAAGACGCUCAAGACGCUCAAGGACGAGAACAGCAACGGCGGCCUGUCGCGCUCAAACUCGACGCGCGCACGUCUCCUCUCCCCCGUGCAGGCGUACCCCUCGCCGCAGGCCAGCCCCGUGCUGGAGGGCAACGCACUCGGCCUCUCGGGCGUCCAGCUCAGCAGCGACGACAACGAGCCGCGCUUUGGACUCGGCCUCCUCUCACCCUCAGCAUGAGGCGGGACCACUAGCGCCUAGUCGCCAUACCGCCGACGAUCACCUGCCCUCGCAAAGAAAAUUAAAAAUUAGUCGGGACUGCUGUCUUGAUGGCCCGCGCCGGCCGCGCCUCGCGACGCCUCCCAAGCCAUCGACGGCGGCGCCACCACCACCAUCGAAUGCAAGUCACCACCCACGGACGGACUGCAACAAACGCCUCCCUCCACCCUCUAGACACAACCAUUUCCUGUAUUUUAUCGGCAUUCCCGGGCCACACUACCAUUUUUCUUCUCCUCUGUAUCCAUCACUUCCCUCCAGGCGCGUCGUACAAUACGCGACCCUCAUGACAAAACGACACCCCCAUAGACACAAUCACCACAUGCAUCAGUCUCCUCAUAGCAACA